UGCUGUUGCAUAUAUACAUACGCGUUGUUCCGGCGCAAAAGUUGCGCGCGCGAGCGCGUCAUCACGACGGUGUCGUCGGAGGUCGUGUGCGGCGCGUGAAAACGACUCCCCGCGAAAAUGUGAUGCGCUCCACGGGAUGCAAUGGCACGAUGGUCGACGGUGCUGUCCGGGGUGUUCUUGGCUCUUUCCAUGGUGCUCUCCCUGGGGAAGCUGUUGAUGCUCGCCGCGGGGACCGGGAGCAAUGGGGAAAUCACGGAGGCGGACCAGUGGCUCACCGAGAUCGGCCUUGCGCAGUAUCGCCCACUCUUUAGGAAAAAAGGCAUCUCGACCCUCGCGAGUUGCGGCGAGGUGGACGCGCUGCCCGAGCUGCCGGCGCAAGAUGAGGAACGUCUGCAGCGUGCUGCGCGUCUGCUGCAACAGAGGCUGGUGUUACGUCAAUGGUUGACGGACCAUGGCCUACAUAACUACUAUCAAAAGUUGAUGCAAAUGGAAGUUAUGUCUCUGGAGGAUGUAUACUGGGUGGAGGACAAUGCGGCACGAGCAGCCCUUGGCAAGGAUCUACCUCGGUGGAUUCAGGCUAGGCAGACGUUACCUACUUCAAAGGAAGAUUUGGAAACCCUCAAAGCGGAUUUAUGGAGUGCCGUUGUAAAGAACAGCCAACACCAAGACGCCUGGACAUGGGGCGGUAUGCUGGUAGUUUCCGUGUCGGUGGCAGGGCUGGUUACCCUGGCCGCUAUGACGCAGCCCGCUCUAGCACCCGAAGCGAAACACUCUCUUCUGCAGUACGUCACAGGGAAAUAUUUAUUGCCGAGUAACUGCCGCGUUCAUUUCGAGUGGGAAGAGCCUCAGCUGGUCGGCGAAACGAUGACUUUUACGGUUAAAUUUUAUCAGCGCAACGGCCAGCCGUAUCCGAUAUGCGACAAGGAUAAUCUAAUAGUGGAGGUAACAGAGGAUACACGCAGAGUAGCCACUCUAAUAGAACUGGGAGGCACCGAUCCCUUAGCUGCAAAUACUGCAGUAGUAAAGUUUACUGUCCGCCAUGCGGGACAAUAUCGAAUAGCUGUACUUAUCGGAUCGUGUCAUGUUCAUGGCAGUCCGUUUCUUAAGAAUUUCCUUCCUGGUCCUCCGGAUCCGAAUAAGACGGUCUUUGUACGACAAAGUUCUACAGUCGUUUGUACAGCUGGAAUAGCACAUUCGAUGACAAUAGAACCGCGUGAUGAAUACGACAAUCUGUGCAUAUUUGGACCUGGGGAUCAGCCUACAGAAGGCUAUAAUGUCAAUAUUACCCAGAUCGGCAAUAUAGUAGACAAGGGAGCGAUGGUAGAUUGUAGCAUUCAACUCGACUACGAUUCCCCAAAUCAGAGAAUUCGUUUAAAAGUAAGCUUUCCGAAAGGCGGAUGUUAUCAUGCAACUGUUAGCUUAGCAGGAUUGCAGUUGCAUAACGGGGAUUUUGAUAUAAUUGUGCUCGAAAGUUCCGUCGCGAGAAUGGUGCACAAUAAUGUAGCAUCUAAAGAUCCCGAUAUCUGUUAUGUCGCAAAGCUGUUGGGUAUGCAAGGGGAAAGAUUUUCUAAACCAAAAAAGGUCUUCUGCUUUAUCUCGCCUAAGCAACUUACGAUUAAAGAAUAUUUACUGAAAUUUAUCCCUAAAAGACUCGUGACAUUUAGACUGUGUCCUUCAACUAAGUUUCAUUUUGAAAGCUCGACUAAUCAACACGAGGGCUACUACCCUUUCUCGAUAGACGACGGAUGUCAACCUCCCGUUGAAUUAAUAUCUCUAUAUCGCGACAUUAUAGCCGCCACUUUUACCUUGUUUCUUUUGAAAAAUAUUGGCGGCAGUGAAACGUUCGCUGACAAACAAGACUUUUUCUAUCAUGAAGUCCGUAAACAUCAUCAGAAGCAUUAUCACGAAAAACUCUCGAUGAAAGUGCAGCGUGAUAAGCUUUUGGAAUCGUCUAUGAAAGCUACUAAAGGAUUUUCCGUGAGUGAUUGGUGUCGAAAUUUUGAAAUCACUUUCCAAGGUGAACAAGGCGUUGAUUGGGGUGGUGUGCGACGCGAAUGGUUCGAAUUGAUAUGUGCCGCGCUAUUCGAUCCGGGAAAUGGGUUGUUCGCAUCAUUUGGAGAAUCGCAACAGGCAUUGGUGCAUCCAAAUCCCAAACGACCGCCGCAUCUUAAAUUGAAGCACUAUGAAUUCGCUGGACGUAUUGUAGGCAAAUGUCUUUAUGAGUCUGCCCUUGGUGGCUCUUAUCGUCAGUUGGUGCGUGCACGGUUCACCAGAUCAUUCCUUGCACAGAUCAUAGGACUUAGAGUACAUUACAAGUAUUUCGAACAAGAUGAUCCUGACCUGUAUUUAAGUAAGGUGAAAUACAUUCUCGAAAAUGAUGUUGAAGAAAUGGAAUUGUAUUUCGUUGAAGAGGAAUACGAUAAAGAUGGACAAUUGUUAAAGGUAGCGGAAUUAAUUCCUGGAGGUAGUAAGGUCCGAGUAACCAAUGAUACGAAACUUCGUUAUCUGGAUGCGCUUGCUCAACACCGGCUUGCUAGUUCCAUUCGCAAUGAAGUCGAUCAUUUCCUGCGCGGUCUCAACGAACUGAUUCCCGACAAUCUCUUAGGGAUAUUCGAUGAGAAUGAAUUGGAGUUGCUGUUAUGCGGAACUGGCGAGUACAGCGUGGCAGAUUUACGCGCGCAUCACAUAGCUAACGGAAGUUCCCCGGAAUUUCUCCGAGUGCUCGAUUGGUUCUGGACGGCAGUGAGCAAUUUCACGCAGGAGGAGAUGGCACGAUUGCUUCAGUUCACCACGGGCUGCUCGCAAUUGCCACCUGGUGGAUUUCAACAAUUGAGUCCGCGUUUCCAGAUUACAGCUGCACCAACGUUCGCUAAUUUACCCACGGCACAUACCUGUUUCAAUCAACUCUGCUUACCUGACUACGAAUGCUACGAUCAUUUUGAGCGAGCGUUGCUAUUAGCGAUUAGCGAGGGUACCGAAGGUUUCGGCAUGAUCUAAUCGAACGUAGAACUCAUUGAACGUUAAACUUCUAGUCGAGCCUAACGAAGAAUGAUAUCGUUGACUAAAUCAAUUUAUGUAUCUAUUUUUUUUUCUGGUGGUGAAACCUGUCUCUUUCAUGGUAAAAAAUCAUUCUUUCGGAAAUAGAUCUUAUCACAAAUUUGUCCCAUACUAGUUUCCAUCAGCCAGGCCAGAAAGCAAGGAUAAUCUUUAUCGCACGUUUUGAUAUGUAGCAGAUUAUAGAAUUUUUGAAAUUACCUUUUUUCUGUUUAUGCCGAAGACUAUCAGAAACAAUCUAAUCUUCCGACGAUGUAGACAAUGUAAUUUCUACCAUGCCGCGGCGACGUUUUUAUAAAACGGAGAAUAUUCAACAAGAGCAAUGUUACCUCAACAUCAGAAUUGCUCAAUAUUAUUGUAUCAAGAUUUAGCGUAGUCAAACUUAUACGAUAGGUUUUACGUGAGCGUAAAGAGAAUUAAAUUAACGUAUUUCUCGGACGAUGCUGUAACUAACGUCGCUGUAUAAGGAUAUACAAUAUAAAUCAAAAUACAUACAAAUAAUUCUGUUUUCGCAACUGUUAUGUGUAAAAAAAGAUUGGUGUAUAUGACGAAGGGGAUCACUGUAACGGCAUUCAUUCCACGGAACAUUCCGUUAAUCAAUCAUUAGUCUGAAUACCUUCUGUCGCUCUUAGUGCGUAACUAUGUGAUUUAAAUAAAAAAAAUUAAGGACGAUGAAUAAUGAGACUAAUAUUAAUUCUAGCUUUAUGCCAGUUUAACUCUUUCAUUUUAUCUCUCUCGCAAUAACAAGUACGACGAUUAUAUGGUACUUCCAACGUCGACGAUGGCGGAUGUAAUGUAAGCUAAUUAGUAUGUACAUCCAGUACAAAAUAUGAUUCUGAGACAUUACGUAUUACAUCUAUUUCUUAUCGACGCAAAAUAAUCGCGAUAUAAUAAGCAUGGUUACCCUAGUCAUAACGAUAAUAAUACUGCGAUUGUACUGUGAGCAUCGCAUUCUAGUGUAUACGUAUUUAUUUAAGAAGUGUAAUGACAUGUACUUAAAUAGAGAGGGAAUAGUAUAAAACGUAGUAAUCGCUAUAGCAGACUAUUCGUCGCGAAAUAAUGGACGAAUAGUCAAAAUCGUAAACCAUACUACGCCUCGCAAUAGCAAGAAAUUAAUCGCCUCGCCAGAUUAUCUACCAGAUUAUCAGAUAAUACUGGUGGUAAUACUGAUGGUAAUUUAUUUUUAUCAGUUUAUCGUUACGUGAAGGGAACUAAAAAAAUAUAAGUUAAAAAGCCAUAAUAUUCAUCUUUAUUCAGUAAAUCCCGUUAUGCUCUACGCCUAUUACAUCCAUUUCCUUGUGCUUUCGCAAUUUACGAAAGAGAAAAAUUUAUCCUAUAAAUCUAACUCUCUACGGGACGCAAUAAAAUCACUUAUUUUUCGUAUGAAAUAUGUAUGUAACACGUAAGAUACGCACAUGUUACGUGUAUAUAUAAAAUCUACUCC